ACCGCGUUUCUUGUUUGCUGUAGACGGCGUGUCACUGGCAUGUAGUCACCUUAAAUACGCGUACACCUGACUUCCCGUCCUUUUCCAAACAUCCCUCAACCAUGCAAUCAACUACACUCUCCAGAACAUCCUCGUUGGCCAGCAUAUCUUCCACAGAUGAUGCCGCGCGUCGAACGCGCAAACGCUUUUCUACUGUUCAGCUCAUGAUGCUAGAACAGCUCUUCCAUCGGACAUCUCACCCGACGCGAGAGGAACGCGAAGCCCUUGCAAAUUCAGCAGGAAUGGAAAUAAAGUCUGUCACCAUAUGGUUUCAAAACAAACGUCAGACAGAGCGCAAAGUAGCCCUUCACAAUGCGACGAACGUCUCCAAUGAUGAUGACUCUUCCUCACCACCACUCCCACAUGGACAUGCUUCCUCUUCACGUCAUGUCCAUUCCCGAUCAGUUUCUUUUUCGAGCUUGCAUACUCCACGGAGACGGAUAACGCCUCCUCGCCCGCGUCCCUCCCUUGAUCGUGUCGCGGCACGUUCCGAAUCACGUCUCCAACCACCCCGCACACCUACGAAGCCUCAUAAUCCGCACGCGUCACUCUGGGAUAAUAUGCCCUCAUCUCCACUAGCACCUGCCAGCCCUCCCACGCGCGACUUGGUAGACUUCAUGGGCAGCGGGCGCACCCUUGAAUGGGCUUGUGCUGCGGCACGCCUAUCUGGAAAACCUAAAGAAGACGAAGCAGGUGCUGAAACAGAAGAGGAAGAAAUAGAAGCUGUUACACCAGAAGGGAGCUUAGGAGCUGGGGAUGACGCCUGGAAUAAGAAAACUGUAUUUCCCUUCCAGAAGUGCGGGCACGUGGCUCGGAACUUGAAGUUUGCGCCCAUGGUAGUAAAUGGAAGAAAAAGUGCGAUUCAGGACGAUGAUAUGAUGCGAGCUGCGCUAGUCUUAUGUGGACUGGGAAAGCGCAGCUGAGGAAUUUGACAUUGAACUUUUGGCACGCACAGCACUAACCUUAUUAUUUGCACAUACCCUGCAUUUCCAAAAUCGCAUCUUCAUAUCUGUUAUCAUGUUGUAUAUACCACAUUUUGUACUUUCUUCGAGAUCUAGAGGACUUUGAACGACCCGACAGAUGGUCGAGCCGGCACUAGUGAUCUCUGCCAAAGAAAAAUCAGUGUAAAUCGUAUGCUCAACUGACUGUAGAUGAUUCGAAAAGGUCGAGAUAUGGCUCGGAGUCAUCGAUCAAUCAAAUCAGGGGGUAACAUAAACUUCAUUCCCUCCGGAUUUGAUUGUGCAGAUCAUCUGAAGGGCCAUUCCAGAUAGCCAAGUGUGCACGGGACAGCUACAAAUGAGCUUAACAUGCUUCAAAGUUGCGGGACGUGUAGGAGAA